AUCGUCUUGGAUCGCGGUGGCCUCGGUUUCCGAUCUAUCCUUACUAAAUCGAGACCCAUUGCGCGUCCCUCCAUCCCUCUUGCCCAGCCUUUUCCCGCCGUCAUUGAGGGGCUCUGUGCGGUUAGUCCGACGUCCUUGAGCAACUUGUACAGCUAA